AUGAAAUGGUUUUCUGGGCAUGGCCAGCUCCAGGAAGCUCUCUCCUUGGUUCUCGCCCAGCGUCGUUGCGGAAUCCAAGAGCAAGGCUAUACGAUUCAGUUUGGGUCUUGUCCACCCUGGUUCAAUGGGCUCUGUCCCACUCUGGUGGGACAUGAGCAGGCUCUGGUCAUGAAACGAGAAGUAGACACUUUCCUGAAGAAGGAGGCUACCGAGCUCCAAGGUUCUGGUCUCUCCACCAAGGUAGUAGAGACCAUUCUCCAAUCCGGAGCUCCUAUGCUGCGAGAUGGCAUCUAUUCACUGUGUGGUACACUCAGCACCAAUUUGACCCAGUCCACUGCCCGGUUGGUCAGUGCUGGAGUUCCUGCAGGAGACAAUUGCCAUGUUCUGGAAGAACCAGCAUAUCCUUAUUUAUCUAAAGAUGGAGAUGUGAUAAUUGGAGCUGUGUUUUCAUUACAUCGUGGUACACAGAUGCAGUCACUGCAAUAUACUGAAAAACCUCCACCUUUAAUCUGCACUAAAUUUUCUCUUGCUUUUUUACGGCUUGUUCAGAUUAUGACUUUUACAGUUGAAGAAAUUAACAGGAGUAACACCUUGCUCCCAGAUAUCUCAGUUGGUUACAAGAUUUAUGAUACUUGUCUCUCAAGAUUAUUAUCUAUCAAGGCAGCCAUAGCUUGUAUUAAUGGUCAUGACAUAACGAAUAAUGCCUGCCCUGAUCAAGCAGUGGUACAAGCCAUCAUAGGGGAGUCAGAGUCUACUGCUACUAUAGCACUUACAAAAACUACAGAACCUUUUAAGAUUCCAGUGAUAAGUUAUGCUGCCACAUGUGAAUGUUUGAGUAACAGAAAAGAGUACCCAUAUUUCUUCAGGACCAUAGCGAGUGACUACUACCAGAGUCGAGCACUGGCAUUUAUGGUCAAGCACUUUGGCUGGUCUUGGGUAGGAGCUGUGUACAGUGAUAAUGACUAUGGCAGUAAUGGAAUGUCUAUUUUUCUGAAUGCAGCCGAAGAGGAAGGAAUAUGUGUUGAGUACAAAGAGAAGUUUGAUCGGGCAAAUCCUGCCAAAAUCAUGAAUGUGGUUGACAUUAUUCAGAAAGGCACAGCUAAAGUAAUUAUAGUAUUUCUUGCUUAUAUUGAUAUGAGCAUUUUAAUAGAACAGCUGAUUCUAAAGAAUGUCACUGGCUACCAGAUGAUUGGUGUUGAAGCAUGGAUUACUGCUGUUGAUCUAGCAACACCAGCAAGUUAUAAUGUUCUGUCUGGAGCCAUUGGUUUUGAUUUGGGAAAAUUGAACAUUGGUGGUUUUGUGGAUUAUGCUGUCAAUGGAUUUUGGCAAACAGCAGUCCCAUGCUUACAUACAGAGGGAAGCAAUUUUCAAUCUGAAAUCAACUGCAGCAAAUAUGAAGAAAUGAUUCAAUAUAAAAACUACAGUAAGGAUAUUUUAGAAUUGAGAUUUGUAAACAAUCUUUAUAAUGCAGUUUAUGCUGUGGCACAUUCUCUACACAGUCUGUUAAAAUGCACAGAAAAUCGGAGUUGUGAGAAAGACAAAACAAUACAACCAUGGCAGGUUGUGAUGUCUCUAAAAAAGGUAAAUUUUACCACUAAAGUAGGAGAACAGAUUUGGUUUGACAGCACUGGGGCAACAGCUGCAAAGUAUGAUGUGGUGAACUGGCAACGAGGGUUGAAUGGAGAAGUGGAGUUUAAAGUUGUAGGCUAUUAUGAUGCCUCUCUGCCAUAUGGACAACAAAUUGUUCUAAAUACUGAAGAUAUAGUUUGGGCUGGAGACAAACCUCAGAAGCCAAGGUCUGUGUGCAGUGAAAGCUGUCCUCCAGGAACCAGGAAAGCUGCACAGAAAGGAAGGCCUGUCUGCUGUUACGACUGUAUUCCAUGUGCAGAGGGAGAGAUCAGUAACCAGACAGAUUCCAAUAAUUGUAAGCAGUGUCCAGGAGACUUUUGGUCUAAUACUAAAAGAGAUAAAUGUGUGUUAAAGGUUGUUGAGUUUCUUUCAUUUACAGAGCUCAUUAGUAUAAUAAUAAUACUCUUUUCUUUAUUUGGAGCUUCACUGACUGUGUUAGUAGCUGUUUUAUUUCUAAAAGAAAAGGACACUCCAAUUGUUAAGGCUAACAACUCUGAGCUGAGCUUCUUGCUGCUUUUCUCUCUGACUCUGUGUUUUCUCUGUUCACUUACUUUCAUUGGACAACCCUCUGAGUGGUCCUGUAUGCUGCGCCACACAGCGUUUGGAAUCACAUUUGUACUCUGUAUCUCCUGUGUUCUGGGGAAAACAGUGGUUGUGUUAAUGGCGUUCAGAGCUACACUUCCUGGCAGCAAUGUCAUGAAAUGUUUUGGACCUCUACAGCAGAGACUUAGUGUACUUGCAUUUACCAUUAUACAAGUCCUGAUAUGUAUAAUUUGGUUAACAGUUUCUCCUCCUUUUCCCUACAAGAACAUGAACUACUACAAGGAAAAGAUCAUAUUAGAAUGUAACUUGGGAUCAGCUAUAGGUUUCUGGGCCGUGCUGGGUUAUAUUGGAGUUCUGGCUUUCUUUUGCUUUGUUUUGGCUUUUCUAGCUAGAAAGCUGCCUGAUAAUUUUAAUGAAGCAAAAUUCAUCACAUUCAGUAUACUCAUAUUCUGUGCAGUGUGGAUCACCUUUAUUCCAGCUUAUGUCAGCUCUCCUGGAAAAUUCACUGUGGCUGUGGAGAUCUUUGCCAUUUUGGCCUCCAGUUUUGCUCUACUGUUCUGUAUAUUUACUCCUAAAUGUUAUAUUAUUCUGUUUAAACCUGAACUAAAUACAAAGAAAAGUAUGAUGGGCAAAAUUGCAUCUAAAUCUCUUUAA